AUGGAAAUCAAAAGAGCCGCGUGGAUUACGCUCGGCGUUGUCGGGGUUGCUGCCAUAGCCUAUGCCUUCCACUUCGAUCACAAGCGAAGAAAUGAUCCUACGUUCAGGAGGCAAAUCAAAAAAAACAAUCGUAAAGCAGAAAAAGAACGUAAAGAGAGAGAGAAACGUGCCAAAUCGGAAAUUGCUGCUUUUGUUAAGAGAGCGCUUGAGGAAACCAGCAAAGAAAAGUUUCCGACCUCAAUUGAGGACAAGGAAAAGUAUUUCCUGGAUCAAGUUGCAAAGGGACAGGAAUUAUUUGAUGCAGAUAAAAGUGGUUACGAAGAAGCGGCGAUUCACCUGUACAAAGCCUUAAAAGUCUAUCCAUCGCCGCUUGAACUGAUUGUGUUUUAUCAGAAAACCGUCCCGGAAGCUGUAUUUGAAUUGGUCUAUAAAUUGAUGAGUGCAGAGGUGAAGAAAAAGCAAGAAGAAUACUGGGAAAGCUUCCCACCUCAAGAAAUGAAGAUAAAGAUUUUGCCGAUCACUGAGCCAAGUAAAACCAAAAAUAACAAAGAGAAGCACUUAAUUCGUGGCGUCUUUGCUACAAAUGAUUUUAAUCCUGGAGAUGUCAUUUUCAUUGAAACACCGAUUGUAUGUGCACUCGAGCCAAGCCUUGAGGGCACUACAUUCUGUAGUUACUGUCUCACCGAGUGUUCCAACACUGUCUCCGAUUCUAACGAUCUUUUUGGCCCUAUAUAUUGUUCCGUGGCAUGCCGCACUAAAGCCUUUGACGAAUACUCUAACAUUCUAUUCUCCACAAGUAACGCGUCUUCCUCAACUGCACAUGAUAUCGCGCCAGGUCACAAUGCCCCGUCCUCCCCUUCAUUCUCACACGAAACCGCGUCACGCUUAAUCUCUCUUAUAAAGUCCUCAAACGCGAAAUAUCCUUUAAUGAUUGCGCGAUUCUUGGCAAGAAUGAUAUAUGAAGAAACGGAAAAAGUAGCAAAAGGAGUGGAAGAAGAAUACGGCACGUUUGAUCAUAUCGAGAGGUUAAGGUAUUUAGAGAUUAAGCCGACACCAGCAGAAAAGGGUGAGAUUGAAUUGUUGAGGGAGCUGUUAGCGAGCAAGGUGCCUGGUAUCCAGGAGUUUAUUUCGGAAGAACGAUAUCUGAUGUUAAAGGGCAAAUUGAUGUAUAAUGCAUACGGGAUAAGGACGCAUAAGUCAGAAGAUUCGCAUCUCAUUAAAGAGAAUGCAGGAGAGACGAUGCGGGGGGAUAUAACACCAGCAACCGGUGCCGGUUUUUAUCGCGUAGCAUCUUAUCUCACACAUUCAUGUGAACCUAAUACUGAAAUCACUUUCCCCAAGGGCAACCAUAAACUUUCUUUAGUGGCAAUAUCUCCGAUUAAAGCAGGGGAUCAAUUGAGAGUAAGCUAUAUUCCUGUUGGCGACAGGGAUAUGAACAGCAGAAGAAGUGAGCUGGAAGCUAAGUGGAAGUUUAGGUGCAUGUGCCCAAAGUGUGUAUCGGAAGAUUCAGUACCGUCUGAGACUGAUGACGAGAGGAAUUGGAUCGAUGAAGACGUCGAAGGUGAGAGCAGCAAUGAAGUCGCUGCGUGA